AUGGUCUAUCCUAAGGGAGUGCCCUCUGGAAAAAGAACAAUAAUUUUGGGGAAAGUAGUACGCGUCUCUCCGGUGCUUGAAAUAGAGUACUUCGAGAACAAAACGGAAAUUCUGUUCACAAAACCAAAUAAAAUAGAAGCAGGCGACUACAUCCGGGUUUUUGGGCUCUUUAGAAACAAUCUGUUCAUCGCAGACUCUUUCCACAAAAUAACAAAAAGAGAGUCUGAGCACUUUGCAGUGUUUAGGAAGACAGUUAGAGCGUUCUACAAAAAUAAUUCGCAAGAAACACAAAAAUUAUAA